AUUAGUACAUUACAAAAAAUAGGAUAUUUUUGAUGAAUGAUGGCUGAUGAAUAAUAUACAUUUUAAUAAUAACUACUUAUUACAUUUUAAAUAAAAUAAAAAAAAGUAGUUUUUUUUAUUUAAAAAGAAGCAUUUAAAGAGCAAUAUCAUGUCUACCAGAUGGUAUCCAAUUUAUCAGAGAGGCAAUCCUCAACUACGUAUUUUUUUGCCUAAUUUUUGGAUGAAAUUAGUACGACCAGAAGAAAAACAACCAAAAAAUGUGGUUCAAUUUAAGGUACCCACUGGAAUGACAAACUAUGAUAUAGAAAAUUAUUUAACAAAAAUUUAUAAAAUCAAAGUUAUUAAAGUUGAAUCAAGUAUUGAAAAUGGUAAACUGAAAAGAUCAAUUUUCAAUAAAUAUGGACCUAUUGUAAAAGAAGAUGACUUCCGACGAGCAUUUGUAACAAUGCCUAGAGAUCAAGAAUUUGAAUUUCCUGAUGUAUGUACUACAGACGAAUUUAAGAAACGUACUACUGAAGAUGAAAAAUCAAGCAAAAUUAGUCAAGACAUGUAUAAAGACUAUUUGAAGAAACAAGGUAACCGUCCUGGUUUACCUGGCUGGUUUUCUUUUUAAAAAUCAAAUAUAUUUUUAAGUGUGUACAUAAAAAGCAGAAUAUGUUUAUUUUACAAAAAUUAGAAUUAGCAAUUUUAUAAAUAGUUUAAAAUUAUGUCGUUUAAAUUCAUAGAAUAAAAUAAAUAUAUUCAGAAUUCAAAUUAAUGAUAAA